CCAAACAAACUGAAAGAAAGUCGGGAGGUCCCUGUGAACACACCUAUAGUCGCAGCAGUUUGAGAUAUUUAGCUUAACUUGCAGUGUCUAAGCUGUCUCAGGUAAAAUGAGCUCACCUUUGUCGAUGCUGAAGAAAACGAGGCGCACUCCUUUGCAAACCCCUCUGAAUGAGCAGUGGGAAAGACAGAAAGUGCCUUUCAGGAGGAAUCUGUUAAAAGAAGUUCAGGCAGCGAUGGCGGAUGAUGAUGAAUCCUCUGAUCCAAAUCUUCCCCCGACCUCUCACUCAUCAGCCAGUCCUGCCUCCACUUCAAAGUCAAAAGCCCCAUUAAAGAAAGGUGCUCCGCCGAGUGACUUUGAGCUAAUGUCUGCCAUGAUUCAGCGGGUGACCCUGCUAGAGAAAACAGUGAAGAGCCAAGCACAAGAGAUUGAGCGCAAGGACAAAAGGAUUUCAGUGUUGGAGGAAAAGCUGAGGCUUCUUAAAGAAUCAGAAAAAGUAUUGAGCCAUGAUUUAAGUGGCAGAGACAGCCUGGAAAGAAGGUGCCAACAACUGGAGAAACAAGUGUGUGAAAUGGAGAGCUUUCUAAAUGACUACGGUUUGAUGUGGGUGGGAGACGUGGAGAGCAGUGACUCCGCGGAAGUUGAGCAGCCAGGCCUCUGGAAUCCAGACGCCUCUGUUGUCAGGAACUUCCACAUGAACUUUGACCUCGUGCUGCAGAGGAUCAAGGAGCUGAACGUCCUCGCAGGGGACGGAGAGUGUUUCAUAAAGUCCACGGCCACGGGGGCACAGCUGGCGAAAAAGGAUACUAUUCGACUGAGUCUCUACAGCAACGGGAUUGUCAUGUUUGAUGGUCCUUUCCGCUCUUAUCAGGAGCACAGCACCCAGGAGUGCAUGCAAGAUCUGAUGGACGGGUAUUUUCCGUCUGAGCUUCAAGAAAGAUUUCCAGAUGGUGUGCCUUUUGAGGUUCAUGACAGGCGAGAUGAGGAAUUUAUCUUCAGGCUACCGUGGAAUACUUUUCCUGGAGAAGGACAGGCUACAUGUGGAGAGAAAGGUGAAUCAUCAGAACAGUAUACUCUCUGUCCUGUAAACAACACAAUGAUACUCCCGAAAGUCGCACCUGAGGUGGAAAUGCUCAUUCGCCAUUGUCAUUCACAUGCAUCUCUUCUGGUCACAGGCAAGAAGUUAAGCACGAAUCAGUUCCUGAAGAGGUUACCAAAGGUGGUAGUAAAGGCUGGCCGUGUUAUCGAUAUCAGGGACUCGCUGAGGGCGACCCUGCAGGGUUCAUCUGAUGCCCAGAGAAGCAACUCAGUGAUCCUCAUAGACACAUCGGCGCUGGAAGACAUGAAAGACGGGCAGCAGACACUCAUCCCUGAGUGGCCCUCAUCAGCUCGGGAUGUUAUCACAACACUCAAAGUGAAGUCAGAAGACGGGAAUCAUACUUACAUAUUGAAAAUGCGCUCCUCAGAAACAAUCGGGCACCUGCGGCGGCAUCUGGACAAACAUAGAGGCGGUGGUCUACCGGGUUACGACAUCAUCAGCGCGCACCCACUGUGCUUCUACGACGACAACUGCAAGACGCUCCAAUCUUGCGGACUCACGACUAACGCUACUCUGCUGCUGCGAAAGAGGCAACACCCUUCUUCACUGAAGUGAAAUAAAGCUUUAAAGUUUA